UAAUUAAAUUGGCAAAUCAUGCCUUUUGACUACUAAAAUUAAGGGUAAAUACAUUUGAUUUAAGACAUUUUUACUUAUUUCUAGGUGGUUUUUGCAGUGCAUGUGCUUCCCGUCCCUUGGCUGACCUUUCCAGUGCAGUGCGCCAUGUCUCUGCCACGCAACCUUGGGGAGUUGCAACUGUAUCGGGUGCUGCAGAGGGCCAACCUGCUUGCCUACUACGAAACCUUCAUCCAGCAGGGGAGAGACGACCUGCAGCAGCUCUGUGAGGCUGGUGAGGAGGAGUUCCUACAUAUUAUGGCCCUGGUUGGCAUGGUGACCAAGCCGCUGCAUGUGCGUAGGCUGCAGAAGGCUCUCAGAGAGUGGGCAGUGAACCCUGCCCUUUUCAGCCAGCCUGUGGCUAUUGUCCCUCUUAGGGGGAUCCAGUUGUUCAAAGUUGAAGGGACUGGCUCCAGUGGGUCUGCAGGUGGGCCCAGAAAGGCUUUGAGCAACAGUCAGCCUGGUUCCCCCAGUGACAGAGAGGACCGGUCAUGUCUCACCCCAAUGCACAGUGGGAGUCCAAGAAGUCCCUGCUCCCAGGCCUCUCCACAGCCGCCAGAGACGCACUACAGGGAAAAACUCUCCCCGAUGGACCUGACCUGGCUCAGCCCAGACCCCGAUGGGAAUGGUGCUCUUGCGUCUGCAUCUGGAGCAGAGGAGGAGCCGCAAAGACCCCCUCUGCUGUCAGCAGGUCCUCCGGGUCCCUCCACGUCUCCGGUGCCCUCCACCUCCUUUGCCCUGGCACCCCUCUUAGCCUGGCCAGGGGGGCAGCUGGACGAGGAAACGACCAGGGCCGUGGUGGAGAGCGUGGACAGACUCUACAGAACCUUGCCCAGAUCAGACCCUGCAGAGGUGAAGACUCUGCUAGGGAUGAACAAGAAAAUAGCGAAAACCGUCGGUCACAUAUUCAGAAUGGGCUCCCAGGAUCCAAACAAGGAGGAGGAGAUCCGAAAAUACAGCCUGAUUUAUGGUCGCUUUGACUCCAAGAGGAGAGAGGGCAAGCAGCUCACACACCAUGAGCUGAUCACCAAUGAAGCUGCUGCCCAGUUCUGCAUAAGAGACAACGCUCUCCUGCUCAGACGGAUGGAGCUCUUCUGUCUGGCUCGACAGGUGGCCAGGAAAUGUGCCUACACCUCCACAUUGAAAAACGCAAGGUGAGAUCAGUGCACGCCGUGCAGCCUCUGACCGACGCUCCUCUUCACAUCUAUCAAUGCCUACCAUGCAAGGAAUCGACACCCGGUGACACCUUUGUUGUAGCUUCCGACACUUUAUGAGUCAUUAUCUUUAUGCAGCAUCCAUAAAUACAUAGAAGUAGGUCUCUGAUGUUGAAAGCUAGACUUGGUUAGCACAUUUGAUCAACCCCAAACACCUAAACCACAUUUCAACCUCAGCAGACCUUUUUAGUCAUAUGUUCAUCUUUCAC